CAUGAAUGAUCCUUGUCUAAGGAAAAUCCAACGGUGACAGUAUUACUAUGUUCCUAGAUAGACUAGACUAGAUUUUGUAGGUAGCAAAACAAGGUAACAGUAGUAUCAUCAUCAUCAUCAUCAUGUCUUGCUGAGUGAAGAUGACCAAUUUUGUUGGACUAAGGUUACCAGUUAUGUCCUGUUAUUGUGCGAGUACACCACAUCCUCGUACUGUUAAUGUUGUUGGUUCCUCUUCAUGUUCUCUAUUAAACAAGACAUUUAAGAAUGCUCCUCGACGCAUGUUAUUAGGCUUUGGAGCAUCUUCAUUCUUGUCUCACUUUAUCACUAACAUGUCUGCUUCUGGUUUCAAAUCCUUCAUUGCUUCUGCAAAAAUAACCGCUGGUCCCUCUGUUGAUCAGAUACUAAAGAAUGUGGAAUGGCCAGAGCAAUUCCCCUUUAAGGAGGAAGAUUUUCAACGCUAUGAUGAGUCAUCAGAUUCUACAUUCUAUGAAUCACCACGAUUCGUAACACACAUUGAUGACCCUGCAAUUGCUGCUCUAACUAAGUAUUACUCCAAAGUUUUCCCACCUAGCAAUACUCCUGGAGUAAGCAUUUUGGAUAUGUGUAGCAGUUGGGUCAGCCAUUUUCCACCCGGAUACAAGCAAGAACGAGUUGUAGGAUUAGGCCUGAAUGAAGAAGAAUUGAAGAGAAACCCGGUCCUCACGGAGUAUACUGUACAAGACUUAAAUGUGAACCCUAAACUCUCAUUUGAAGAUAACUCUUUCGAUGUCAUCACUAAUGUGGUCAGUGUUGACUACCUAACAAAGCCUCUUGAUAUUUUCAAGGAGAUGAAUAGGAUACUCAAGCCAGGUGGAUUGGCCAUAAUGAGCUUUUCAAACAGAUGCUUCUUUACAAAAGCCAUUUCUAUAUGGACAUCAACCGGGGAUGCCGAUCAUGUUAUGAUUGUUGGAUCCUAUUUUCAUUAUGCAGGAGGGUUUGAACCUCCUCAGGCUGUGGAUAUUUCUCCAAAUCCUGGACGCUCGGAUCCCAUGUACAUUGUGUACUCUAGGAAGCUGGCUACCGCAUAAGAGAAACAUGAACCGAUAAUUCGUAGCUGUGCCUUUACCUAUCAGCAGUUAUUGUGAUGGGGAAUUCGCUCAUAUUGUAUGCCAAUGAUUUUGUUCUGAGAAAUCAAAACACCAAUAGAAAUCAAAUCACAUUGGCAAGCUGAUUUUGAUUGCUUAUUAUUAGUGUUACACUUGUACCAUGUAGUACAUUAAUAAUAGAAGACAAUGCC